AUGUCCCACCACCACCAAGCUCCGGGUCACCAGAGAGGCUAUCCGAGCCCGAACAACUUCUCCUCGCCCGGCUCCGUGCCCCCGAACCAAUACGCCUACCACCCGCAGCAGGGCCAGGCUCCCGCCGACCCGUACAGAGCUAGUCCUGGCGCACCGGUUCCCUCGCUGCCGAGCAUGAAGAGCCUCGACCACCACUACCAACAAGGAGCGCCGCCUCCCCAGGCGAUGCCGAUGCAGAUGCAAAUGGCCCCGAACCAGGGCAUGCAGUACUACCUGCCGCCGGGAGUGCAGGGCAACCCGUACAUGACGCAGGACCUGAACCACCUCAGAUACCAGAUCCCCCAUCACGAUCCUAGGCUGAUGCGCGGUCCUGGCGGCCCUAAAAAGGUAAGUCGGGAGGAACAAUGA